GUGUGUCUCCUAGCAACCGGCGAGCGUCGUCUGGUCUUUGUCUUGUUCAGACCAGCAGGCUCUAGUUCAGAAUCAGACAUGGAAAUAUACAAACAGGACAAUGAAGAUCCUUUGCCGAAGCGCGUGAUUCAGCGUGACACAGAUGUGACCCACCUUCAUCUCGCCAGAAGAGGAUUGACUUACAUUCCUGAUUUGUCAAGGUUCUCCAUGCUGAGAUGCGUGUGGCUUAACAAUAACAAGAUCCGAGAGGUUUCCAGAGCUUCGUUUAACUGCUGCUUGACAGAACUGUAUCUACAGAACAAUGACAUUCUCUCCAUUUCAGGGGCAUUGAGACACCUGACAUGUCUGCAAGUGCUGCUCCUAUCCAACAAUCAGAUGAAGUGUCUGGAGGAGACCGUGUCAGAGCUGAAGAACAUGCAGGACCUCCACACGCUCUCUUUAUAUCUGAACCCCUUCACACAAGAUCCUGAAUAUCGCCAAUAUGUGCUGCACCAUUUGCCAUCUGUGAAGUUUUUAGAUAGAAAAGAAGUGAAGCAGGAGGAAAGGAGACGGGCAUUUAAGCUGUUCAGUGUAGAAAGACAGAGGGUGCUUGAUACUAUCGCCUUUGGCAGACGAGCACUACCGCCUCCUACAGGAAGAAGAGUGACCAACUCCAUCACAAAACCAUUAGGCGAUCAUGGCUCAAGAAAGAGGUGUAUAGAGUCAAGCAGUCAUUCUGAUGAGCGAGAAAAGCCAUCAGUGCCCAAAUCCAUCAUACAGUUCUCCAUUAUGAACUGGACCGGUACAAGCACGUCUCAGUGGAACCAUCUAGAUGACUCGAGCAAACCUGCGUCUGGUAUACUCACUGUCAAACUUAGAUGAUUUCCAGACCUUUGCCUUCACUCUUGUUCGCACAAUGGAACAUUCGACAAGGCCAAGUGGUUUAAAUCAAUGAAAAACAGCUCAUGCGUUGUCAUUUCAAAUGCAAUAAA